GGCUAAGUCCUCCAGAAAAAAACGUCUUGAAGUCUCUAGAAAUAUUGUUUGAUUUAUUUUCUGGGCCCUACAUCAGUAUCUCCGUGUAAUAUUGAUUCUAUGUGUUUGUUCUGAACCACUUGGAUUAUUUUUCGCCUAAGUUCUUAGUACAGAAGAUAAUUAUUCUUAAUUAGUGAAGUGAAUAUGCUGUGAGUCAGCCCGGAGCUAAAGCAGCCAACAGGAGAAACUAAACCAAGUGAGGCCUUUUAAAGUUCACGCAACAUGAGUCCACACAGUUUGUUAGCCUGGAGGAGGAAGAAUACACCGUCUGUGGGCACCUUCUCUAAGCUUGUUGUCUGAGGACCGAGAGACUGGAGACAGUGGAUCCAGAACCACUAACCAAGCGGCAGAAUAACAGAAGACCUGGGGAAUAUGAUUGAAAUUAUGAACUACUAUAAUAUGUGAAGGCUGUGAUUGGUGAAAAGGAGAAUCCCAAGUGGAUUGAAGAUGACUGAGAUGAUGAAGGUUGAAGCAGAUGAACCUGGAGGGUUCAGCUUGGAGCCCUCCAUGCCUGCAGCAUCCACAUCAGAGUUGGAGAAAACACAAGACGACAAAGAUCUCGUGUCUACUGAUCAGCUGCUCUUGGUAAUUAAAGAAGAGGUUCCUGAUCUGCAGAACUGCAGUUUGGACCAAGAAUCCCCUCACAAAAAGGAGAAAGGGGAUGAACUCUGGAGCUCUCAGGAGGAAGAGCAGCUUGAUGAGAAGGAAGAGAUGGAUUUCAAUGCUGUUAGUGUGAAGAGUGAAUGUGAUGAAGAGAAACCUCAGUUGUCAGAACUUGAUUGCAUCAAAAGCGAAGACAAGAUAGCCACAGAAGCUUCACCUCGCACGACUGUUGACCAGGUUGAACAGAGGGAAGCAGAACCUGAUGGAGGAUCAGAACCAGAGAGGAACUCUGAUCCAAAUACAGAUGAAAAUGCUUUGGAUUCUUCUGGGACUGAAGUCAGUGAGGCCGAGGGGAAUGGUGAUUGGCAGGGACCUUUGUCAGGUUAUGAAUCUAGAGGCAAAGAUUGUCUGAACAGCCACGAGAGAACAGCUUCUCUGUCAGACAUAAGCUUUGAUAAGAAACGUAGCACCGGCAAAAAAUGCUUCAGCUGCUCUGAGUGUGGCAAACACUUUACCUCCAAGGAGGCUCUUCAGAGACACCUGAAGAGUCGGGUAGGAGAAAGGUGUUUAAGCUCAUUAAACGAGAAAUGUCUGAAAGUCCAACAAAAUAUAGAUUCAUGUUCCAGACUCAUCAGUGAGGGAAGCCAGUUGAAAUGUGAUGAAAAUGGAAAAAACUGUAAUUGUAAAGACAAUCUUCAGUUACAUCUGUCGGUUCAUGCCGGUGACAAACAAUUUAGUUGUGAGAUUUGUGACAAACGAUUCAAAAGUAAGUACUACGCUCGAAGACACAUUAUGAUGCACUCUGGAAAGAAAGGCCAUAACUGCGAUCAGUGCGGUAAAGGGUUUAUAAAGAAGAGUCAGCUUCAGACUCACAUGAGACUCCACAGUUCAGAGAAACCAUUCGCUUGUGACGAUUGCGGUAAAGGCUUUAAUCAGAAGUCACACCUUAAAGUUCACAUGACGUUCCACUCUGGGGAGAAGCCAACAGUUUGUGAUCUUUGUGGUAAAUCAUUUAGUGUAAAGUACUACCUCAAAGACCACAUGAGAACUCACACUGGAGAGCGACCAUUUUCCUGCGACGUUUGUGGUAAGACUUUCCGGAGAAAAACAAACCUCGACCUGCACAUCAGAGUCCACUUAGGGGAGAAACCUUUCGCCUGUAGUGUUUGCAAUAAGGAGUUUUCACGACAAGGAAACCUGAAGCAGCAUAUGAGCGUCCACAGCAGCGACAAGCGCUUUGUUUGUAGCAUUUGUAGCAAAGGCUUUUCACGAAAAGAACAUCUUAAGCUGCACAUCGGCGUUCACACCGGAGACAAAACGUUCGGCUGCAGUGAGUGUGGGAAAAGUUUCCUGCAGAAGAUCCACUUAAGACGACACAUGUUGAUCCACACAGGAGCGAGACCGUUUGCCUGUAAUGUUUGUGAUGGAAAAUUUAAGCUAAAGCACCACCUUCUGACUCAUAUGUUAAGCCACGCAACAGAGAAAUGAUCAAUCAAUUGUCAAUGUCCUGCAGGUCAACUUUGUUGAACUCCUUAAAAUGUCUCUAAUCUUUGGUUAUGAACUAGUCAUUUAUUCAGCUGUGUUGGACCAGGGCAGCACUUAAAAAACAUUCAGGACUGACUUUGGGCACGCCACUGUUUGAAGCCUUCUAGCUGCUCAUUCUUUCGUUAUGUGUCUGAAGAGACUGUCUGAAACACAUAAUUUGAAGCUGUUAGAAAAACAUAACAAUGAAGGGAAAAACAAAAAUGUACAAUGCAGCUGUUUUUAGAACCGUGUAUCUCUGUUUUGACUAUUUGUUUAUGGAAAAACAUUGGUGAUACUCUUGACAUAAGUGAUUAAAAACCAAGAAGUACUAUUGAGCUGUGCUCAUUUCUCCAUGCUUUUGAAAAACUGAUUUGUAUGAAUAUCAGAGUCACUGUUCCAAAGUUUUAAUUAAUUUAAUUAUGCAGUUUAUAAAAGGAUUAAAGGACUCGUAUAUGAGUAUCUUGCUCCUUCAACUGGAGUUAUUGAUGCACAAAUGUAACAGAUUCACUUGGCAGAGAAUAGGCUGCACCUCUGACAAUAAUGCUAAGAUAAAUUUUUCUGGUGAUUGCCUCUUUUGUAAGCAAAUAGAGGUGAAUGGAGCAAUUAACUGAGCAUAAAUAAACUACUGUAAUGAUCACAUUUAUACCAUAAAAUUAUUGUUUUAAUGAUCCUACAGUGUUAAAAAAAUUCUGACAUACUUGUCAGAAUGUAAUUGGACACAUCUCAAAGAGGUAUUUUGUCCAGUCAAAAUAUGGUUAGGGGUAUGUAAAUAAUGUAACUCAAUUUCUGAUACCUGGAAUGUAAAUGUGAUGAAGCAGAAAUGAAAGUAAUCUUUUAAAAAAAGAAAUAAUAUAUGACAGGAAAACUUUUAAGUAUCCUUGUAAUAUCUGUAGAAAAAAAAUUUAAACCUUUUUUGCGGCUUACAAGACACUUACUCACUCACACAAAAAGAAAAACAAUUGUUUGUUUGAAAAGGUUUUCAUGGUUGGAAUCUCUGGAUAGACACAUCAAAACGUACCACAAUAAAAAGAUGCAACUUUUUCUUCAUGUAUUAAUAGUUGGUUUUUGUCCAAGACGUGUUUGUGCAGUCAUAUUCCACAAAUUAGAAUAUAUGUCCCAAUGAGUGGCCAGAUUAAAAGUACUGUUUGGAAAUCACUUUUAAGCAGGUAUUAAGCAUACUUUUCAGGCAACUUUUCUGUUUUUAAAAAGUUUUUAUUGGUCUGAUGUAAUCUAAUUUUUAAUGUCUGUUUUUAUUAGCCGUAAGUGGAAAAUCAUGACCAGAAGUAAAGGCUUUCGAACAUC